AUGGAACAAUCAUUAGAAGGGGAUGUUCCUUCAUUAAAUGGUAAAAAUGAAAAACAAGAAAUAAUUGAAGAAAUUAAAGAAAAAGAGAAAAAUGAAGACAAAAAAGACAAUGAAGACAAACAAUCAAACACUCAUGAUCCAGUAGAAAACGAAGAACAAGAAAAAAAUGAAAAAAAACAAGAAAAAACUAAUGAAAAAAAAGUACAAGAAACAGAAAAAAAUCAAGAUAAUGAAAUAGAAAAAGAAGAUGAUGAUGAAGAUGAUGAAGAUGAUGAGGAGGAUGAGGAGGAUGAGGAAGAUGAGGAAGAUGAGGAAGAUGAUGACCAGGAAGAAGAAGACGAAGAUGAAAUAGAAGACUAUGUUUCUGAAAAGAGACCUAAAAAGCGGAGAAAAGAAAGACGUAACCAGUUCCUUGAUGUUGAAGCUGAAGUAGAAGAGGAUGAGGAAGAAGAAGAGGAUGAUGAUGAUCUUGGAAGAGAAGGUUUUAUUGCAGAGGAGAUGGAGGAAUUAGAUUCAGACCAUAUUUUACAGCAGGAUGAUCGAAAACAUAGGGACCUUGAUAGACAACUUCAAAAAAUUGAAGAUGCAGAUGCAGAGCGUCUUGCCGAAGAAUAUCGAGAAAAAUAUGGACGUUUAUCUUCAAGGUUUUAUCGUGGAGAUACAGAAGUUGUCCCACAAAGAUUACUUUUGCCAUCUGUUAAUGAUCCAAAUUUGUGGGCUGUAAGAUGUAAACCUGGUAGAGAAAAAGACGUCAUUUAUAAAUUGAUGCGCAAAACAAUUGAUCUUCAACACUCAGAAACUCCGGUAGAAAUUAUAUCUGUAUUUCAGAGAGACGGAAUAGAAGGAUAUAUUUAUGUGGAAGCAAAAAAGCAAGCACAUAUUAUUCAUGCGUGUAAAGACAUCGUUAGUAUCUAUACAAGUCGUAUUAUUCUUGUUCCUGUUAAAGAAAUGCCUGAUUUACUUAAAAUUAAAAAGGAAACUUUAAAAUUAAUUCCAGGAGCCUACGUGCGUAUUAAGCGUGGAAAAUAUACAGGUGAUCUUGCGCAAAUAGAUAACAUAUCAGAAAAUGGAAUGUCUGCAAGAGUAAAAAUUAUACCAAGGUUGGACUAUUCUACUAAAGAUAAAGGAUCUACUUUUGUUGGGCUUGAUACUAAAAAGAGAUACCAUAAUGGAUUUUCUACAGUGUCUAGACCACCACAAUGUUUUUUUAGUGAAAAAGAAGCAGCAAAAUCAUCUGGAAAUAAAAGUCUUACAAAACGUGGAGCAAAAAGUUAUAUAUUUAAUAAUGAUGAAUAUGAAAAUGGUUAUUUAAUGAAAGAUAUAAAAUUAACGGGACUAGUAAUAGAGGGAGUUAAUCCAACAUUAGAAGAAAUAACAAAAUUUAAUUCUGGGCUUGAAGAUAACCAUAAUUUUGAUUUAACAUCUCUUGCACAAAGUAUAAAAACAUCUAAUGUAACGUCAGUAUUUCAACCAGGGGAUCAUGUUGAAGUUUUAGAAGGAGAGCAGGCUGGUGUUCAUGGAAUUGUAGAAGCUAUAAAUAAUGAAAUUAUUACAUUUUAUUCAGAGCAUGAAGGUUUAAAAGGUGAAAGAAUCGAAAUUUCCUCAAAGGGUCUUAAAAAGAGAUUCAAACAAGGUGACAAUAUAAAAGUAGUCAAUGGAAAAUACAAGGGAGAUACAGGCAUGGUUAUAUGCGUAAAAGACGAUCAGGUCGUUCUUUUAAGUGAUUUUUCCAUGACAGAGAUAACUGUAUUUUCUAAAGAUAUUUCAGAGGCAACGCAGUCAACAGGAACUAAUGUUGCUUCUAAUGAAUAUAAUCUUCAUGAUUUAGUACAACUAGAUGCUAAUACAGUAGCUUGUAUCAUAAAAAUGGAAGGAAAUUUAUUUCGGGUUUUAGAUCAAAAUGGUCUUUCUAGAACAAUUCUUCCAAGUCAAAUAUCAAUGAAACAUCAAUCAAAAAAUUCGGUUUCAACAGAUAAAAACGGACUAGAAAUUCAUGUAGGCGAUACUGUAAGAGACAUCGAUGAUAGAAAUAAACCGUGGACUGUUAUACACAUUAUUCAUCAAUAUGCUUUUUUAUAUGAUCGAGAAGUUAAUGAAAAUAAUGGUGUUUUCGUUACAAAAACAAAAAAUCUUGCUACUAUUACAGCAAAAGGAGGCCGUAUUACUUCUAGUGGUCCAGAUUUAAAUAGAAUGAAUCCUGCAUUACAACGACCGACAAUAAGUUCAAUACACUCUAUUCCUCGCUUUUCAGGUAGAGAUAAAGCUAUAGGAGAAACUGUACAUAUAUGCUUGGGCCCAUAUAAAGGUUUAGUUGGUAUUGUAAAAGAUACUACAGAAACAUCUGCUCGCGUAGAGCUACAUUCAACUCAAAAAACAAUAACAAUAGAUAAAAAUAAACUCGGGUUUAAGAAUCGUUAUACAGGGAAAAUGAUGUCAUAUUUUGAAUUUAUUACAUCUAAAGGUGGACGUAACAAUAAAUUUGAUACUCAAAACAGUAGUUUGGCAUAUAAUCAAUCUAGAUCUAAUAUUCCUGUAUGGGCACAAUCUUCUAAAAAUAAAAUUGCACCAUGGGUUAAUUCAGGUUCAGCAACUCCCUCGUGGGCUAAUACUGGUAUGCAAACACCUGCAUGGUCAAAUUCAGGUUCCAAAACGCCAAUAUGGUCAACUACAUCUUCUCAAACGCCUGCAUAUAAUAGAGCAAGAACACCUGCGUAUAGCGGAUCAAAAACUCCUGCGUAUAGCGGAUCAAAAACACCUGCAGCUUCUGGAUCAGCAACACCUGGUUAUGAAUCAUCGGUAUGGAAUACUGGAAGUAAAACACCAGGUUAUAGUUCAAUGACACCAGCGUAUAUUGGUUCCAAUAUUCGUUGGACAGAAGAAGACGCACGUCGUCUUGGUUUUACAGGUUUAACCGCACCAUGGGAAAAUGUAAGUCAUAUAAAUACACCAGGCUUUAGUGUUAAUACGUCUGAAAAAAAACAUGAGGAUAUAUCAGAAAUACCAUCAUAUAUAUCAAAAGAAUGGUCAGCAUCUAAUUUUAAUGAAAAUACCACUUUUAAAGAUUCAUCUAAACCUAAGUCUCAAAUACGUGAUACAACUACAGAAACAAAUGAAGAUUAUGAGCCUGCUAGUCCAGCAUAUGCCCCUCCAAGUCCAUAA